AUGCCCCCGCCCCCGCAUUUACACCUCCCCGGCCCCUGCAGUUCCAUUUGUGAACCACAGCUUUUUUACCCAUCUACUCGUGCCAAAGCCUUCAUCGACGGCCGGACCGGCACGACCAUUACCCGGGGACAACUCAAGCACCUUUGCCUGUCCCUGGCGUAUGGUCUCAAAGAGCACCCUACGACCAGUGUCUUCGCGAAGCGUGGCGAUACAGUGCUGAUCUUCUCUCCCAAUUCCCUCGCGUGGCCGGUCUUGCUCCAUGGAAGUCUUGCUGCUGGCCUACGAUGCACGCUCGCCAACAGUGCUUAUACUCCACCCGAGCUCGCACACCAGUAUACAGACAGUGGGGCAAAACUCAUUCUAGCGGCGCAGGAGUUGGUUCCAGUCGUGCUGGAGAUGUUGACCAAGCAACUUGGUUUAUCCUCCGCUGAAGCGGGCAAGCGUAUUGUUGUCGUUCCUGACGACCUCUCUUGGGCUGGGGGCCCCGCUUCACCACGGCCCGACCAUCUCAACCUCGUGGACUUACUUGGUCUUGGGACGCUGGAAAAGGAGGAGUCAUUUGACGGUGUGGCCGAUAAGGAGACGGCGCUCCUGUGUUACAGCUCUGGGACAACGGGAAAGCCAAAGGUUCGUCUUGAAAAAAUACUCUUUUUCCGACUGUGUUCCGAACCUCCUCGUAGGGCGUCGAAACCACCCACCAGAACAUUACUACACUCAUGGACAUCACGGACAGGGAGUUUCCCCCCCUUGCGACCCGAACAAACCCUUCUCGCUAUCCUUCCGUUCUACCACAUCUACGGCAUUACCAACGUGCUAAACGGCGCUCUUUCUGUCGGGGCCACCGCCGUCAUUCAAACGCGCUUCGAACCCGUCGAAUUCUGCCGCAAUAUUGAGCGCUAUACGGUUGGAUAUGUGCUCCUUGUCCCCCCUGUCCUCGUUGUCUUGGCCAGACAUCCUGCUGUCGACCAAUACGACUUGUCAUCGCUUGAGUAUCUGCUGUCCGGUGCAGCGCCGCUAGGGGCCGACCUAAUGCGAAUGGUUCAGAAACGAUUACUCUCCAAAAGGAAGAAGGGGUCAAAGUGCCUCAUCACCCAAGGCUACGGACUCACCGAAACGUCGCCUUCUACCCACACACUCGACUUUAAAGUAUGCGAGCAACAUGUGGGCAGCAUCGGGCAACUUCUGGCAACUCUUGAGGCCCGACUUGUGGCGGACGACGAGGGCGAUGAGGUGGUGGAUGCCGAGGUUGGCAAGCGUGGAGAGCUUUGGAUUCGCGGCAAGACAGUCAUGAAAGGCUAUCUCAACAACCCCACCGCCACAAAUAACUCAAUCACGCCCGACAAGUGGUUCAAGACCGGGGAUAUUGCAAUCCGGGACAAAGAUGGGUAUUAUUUCAUUGUGGAUCGGAAGAAGGAGUUGAUCAAGUACAAGGGAUUCCAGGUCCCUCCUGCUGAACUUGAAGCGAUCCUGUUAACCCACCCUGACAUCGCUGAUGCUGCUGUGAUUGGUGUAAACAGCGUCUCAGAAGCGACAGAGCUGCCUCGGGCCUAUGUCGUCCAUGCAAACCCCACCAAAGUCAAUACCCCAGCUAAAACUGCUGCGUUUUCCAAGAGCGUGCAGAAGUGGAUGGAGAGCAAGGUCGCCAAACACAAGUUUUUGCGCGGUGGAGUUGCGGUGGUAGACGCCAUCCCGAAGAGUGCUGCGGGGAAGAUUUUGAGGAAAGAGUUGAGAGAGGUGGCUAAGCAAGAGGCAGAACGGGGUGAACUGGGCGUUAAAGCCAAGCUCUAA